AUGAUUGUCAACCUAUCGGCACUGGCAUUCGCCGCCACCCUCCUAUCCUCCAAUGCCCUCGUUCAAGCUAUCUCAUCCUCCGAAAUCCCAGCCGACACACCUAUAUCCUCACUCCUAGCCUCCGCAAAUACCCAUCUAGCCAAGGGAGAGACUAAUGACGCCCUUACUUAUUACGAUGUCGCCAUCUCCCGCGACCCCCAGAAUUAUCUGACUUAUUUCAAACGCGGCGCGACGUAUCUCUCUCUCGGUCGAACCGCGCAAGCCACAAAGGAUUUCGAUAAGGUUCUUAGCAUUAAACCGGGGUUUGAAGGCGCCCUUCUUCAGCGUGCGCGUGUGAGGGCGAAGAAUGGUGAAUGGGAUGCCGCGGCGCAAGAUUAUAGCGCGCAUGGCAAGUCUGCGGAGGAAUUGGCUCAGCUUCAAGAGGCAAAGGGAGCGACGUCUCUUGCGUUCGCGGCUGAGAAGGCCGGCAAUUGGGAAGAAUGUGUCAGUCAGUCUAGCGUGGGUAUCAUGACUGCGAGCAGAAUGUUGUCGUUACGGAAAACUAGAGCGAAUUGUCGUUUCAAGCUUGGGGGAGUGCAGGAGGGGAUGAGCGAUCUUAAGCAUGUUCUACAAAUGCUUCCUGGAGAGACGGAACCUCAUCUGCAGAUUGCUGCGAUAACGUAUUAUGGAUUGGCGGAUUCCGAGCGUGGUAUGGAUCAGUUACGGAAAUGUUUACAUGGUGAUCCGGAUUCGAAGUCUUGCAAGAAACUUUAUCGGAAGAUGAAGAAUCUGGAGAAGGCGUUUGCCAAGGUCAAUAAGAGUUUUGAGAAGAAGCAGUAUGCAAGCUCACUUAAGGUCCUGCUGCCCGUUGGGGAGGAUGCGGGGUUGGUUCAGGAUAUCAAGGAUGAUGUGAAGGAAUUGAAAGAAAGCGGAAUCAUCCCAGAGAACGCUCCAAAUACAUUGGAAGGACGCGUUGUGGAGAUGGUCUGUGAAGCUUAUUUCGAGAUGAAAAACAAAAAGGCCAUACCUUGGUGUGACCAAGCUCUUACUUACUACGAGCACUCUCUUCACGGACUCAUGUCUCAGGCACAGCGACACAUGGAGGCUGACAACUUUGAGGCCGCCAUUGAGACCCUCAAUACUGCUAAAGAACACCACCCCAGUGCACAACAGCUCAACCAGUUAUUACACAAUGCUCAGGUGGAGCUUAAACGAAGCAAAACUAAGGAUUACUACAAGGUUCUCGGCGUACCAAGAGAUGCAGAUGAAUUGCAAAUCAAAGGAGCGUAUCGACGAAUGGUCAAGGCACAUCACCCAGAUAAGGCGCACAAGUUGGGCAUAUCCAAAGAGGAUGCCGAAAAGAAAAUGUCUCAAGUCAACGAGGCAUAUGAAGUACUAAGUAAUCCUGAGCUGAAGGCCAGAUUUGAUCAAGGAGAUGAUCCAAAUGACCACGAACAACAACGUCAAAAUCCAUUCCAAGGUAGUCCAUUUGGUGGUCAUCCAUUUGCCGGACACAGUCAGGGUGGUGGACAGCAAUUCAAAUUCCAAUUUGGUGGGGGUGGUGGUGGAUUUCCGUUUGGAUAA